GGAAAAAUAGCACUCGCUGAUCUCGUGCGGUGAGAGUGACGGAGCUAGCUGCUGUUGCUGCUGCUGCUACUGCUGCUGCUGCUGCUGCUGCCGCCGCCGCCGCCGCUGCUGUUGCUGCUGCCGUAAAUUUUGUUUUGUGUCGUCGUGAGUCCGUCCGUCUCCGCGCGCGACGGCCAACAUUACGACGAUUCACAUUCUAUGAGCGCUCAGGGCCAAGGGGACCCUGGAGAAGAUCUCACGUCCAGGGCAGAAUCAGAGACAUCUUGUAACGAUAUGAAACGUGCAGCUGCCAAAAAAUUAAUUGAGUGCUACUUUUACCAGCUGACCGAUGGUUGCGGUAAUCGUGAUUGUGGCAAUCAGUACUGUGCAUCUAGUGGAAAACUUACGAACCUGACAGCAGAUGAAGCAGCCGCUCAAGCUAUUAGCUUAUUUUCAAAAGAUGCAAGAUUGUGCGACGGUGUCCAUCCAACCAAAGUCGCAAGAACAACCAUGGAACCAGGUCCAGCAUCUCUAGCCAAAAGUCUACCAAAUAAAAAUGUUAAUCCUACAUGCUCUGUAGAAGGAAAGUCAGUGCCAUAUCUUACCGAAACAAAACUUCUUGAUAUUAUUAGCAAGUGUAAGUCAGAAGGUUCAUACUGUCUUCUCAUUAGGACAUUGGGAGAAGUUUUUUCGUCAGCACAAGCUCUGAGCCAAAGUUUUUUAAAGUCUGAAAAAGAUGAUUCACCACUCACAGUCUUGCUUGAUAGAGCUCCUGCAUCUUUGCUGUGUCCUUCGGGAGAUUUAAGUAAAGAGGCAGUUAGAUCGUUACAAGGCGAAGAUAAAGAAGAAGACAGCAGCGAUCCUACACCAACAGUUCCUCAGAUUGAUGACACUAAUGUAGAUUUACCAGCGGUUCGUCGAACUUUUGCCGCCCUUUGGUCUUUACCAGGGGAAGCGUUCGAAUCUGCAUUAGUACAUGCUCUAGUCACGUUGGCUGAUAAUAUAGAAUUAAAUUUGCGAGUAUUUAGUGGUAAUUCUGAGGAUAGCACAGACAGCCUGCUAAAUGUAUUUUUAAUUGUCUUCGAGAUCCCUGUUUUGGGAAGCAGUGAAUAUUUAGAAAUGGCUUUGCACAUGUUGUGCAAAGCUGCAUCUUGUUUACCUAUUUCGGAUCAAGCCAAACUUGCUUGUAUUUGGGCUCGGCAUUGUAAAACACGAUUGCCAAGUCUACUUCAAUCGCUCCAGCAACUUAUUACUGUUAAAGUUAUUGGAGGUACAUUCACACGAGAUUACUGUGUUCAAGAUACAGAUACUAUUACAGCAACAACGAAAGUAAUGAAAAUUGUGUACUUUGCUAGUAUUUUAGCUGGUGAGCUGGAUUCACCAGAGCUUGCUCUUGACGAAGAUAACGAAUCCAAUAAUACUGAGAAAUCUAACCAAAGAGCUUCGACAAUUGCUCAGGAUCCACUAGCUGUUGAAUUAGCAAUCUCAUCGGUGGAUGCUCGUAAACCUCUUAUACCGUUUAUUGACUUUUAUAAUGAGCCUUUAAGUGAUAUUGUUGAAAUGGAUAAAGAUUUUGCCUAUUACAAGAGUGAGCAGCCAAAGAAAUUUAGUUUUAUGAAUUAUGCGUUCAUUCUUACACCUGCUACAAAAACUCUUGGUUUAUAUUAUGACAAUCGUAUAAGAAUGUAUAGCGAACGUCGAGUAAGUUUUCUACAAGCAGUAGUUGGACAGCCUACGACUCCAUACCUUAGACUGAAGGUAAGAAGAGAUCACUUAAUUGAAGAUGCCCUCAUUGAAUUAGAAGUAGUAGCUAUGGAAAAUCCUUACGAUCUUAAAAAACAACUAGUGGUUGAAUUUCAAGGUGAGCAGGGUGUUGACGAAGGUGGAGUUUCUAAAGAAUUUUUUCAAUUAGUCGUACAAGAAAUUUUUAAUCCAGAUUUUGCUAUGUUUACAACACAGGAGGAUACACAAACGACGUGGUUUAAUCCAACAUCUUUUGAAAGUGACGCACAAUUUACUCUUAUAGGCGUAGUUCUUGGAUUAGCCAUUUACAAUAAUGUUAUAUUAGACGUACGUUUUCCAAUGGUUGUAUAUCGUAAGUUAUUGGGUAGAAAAGGCAGUUUUCCUGAUUUAGAGGAUUGGAGUCCAACGCUUUACCGAACCUUAUUAGAAAUGCUAGAAUAUACCGGAGAUGAUAUGCAAGAUAUGUUUAUGCAAACUUUUAGAGUAGGUUAUAAAGACGUAUUUGGUUCUUAUUUAUUCCAUGAGCUUAAGGAAAAUGGUGAUGAAAUUUAUGUUACGCAAGAAAAUAAAAAAGAAUUUGUAGAUUUGUAUGCAGAUUUUUUACUCAAUAAAUCCGUAGAAAGGCAAUUUAAAGCAUUUAGACGUGGUUUCCAAAUGGUGACGGACGAAAGCCCACUAGCUCUAUUAUUUAGACCAGAAGAAAUCGAGCAAUUAGUCUGUGGGAGCAAGAUUUUCGAUUUUGCGGAAUUGGAGGCGUCGACGGAAUAUGAAGGUGGAUAUACAUCAGAGAGCGAUACUGUACGUAAUUUCUGGCAAGUCGCUCAUUCUUUGACCCCUGAAUAUCAGCGAAGACUUUUGCAAUUCACAACUGGUAGUGAUAGGGUGCCUGUUGGUGGUUUAUCACGUCUUAAAAUGGUAAUAGCACGCCAUGGUCCAGAUUCCGAUAGAUUACCAAUAGCUCAUACCUGUUUUAAUGUGUUACUGUUACCAGAUUAUAGUACAAUAGACAAACUACAGGACCGAUUAUUGAAAGCUAUUAAUUAUUCAAAGGGCUUUGGUAUACUUUAAAUAAUUAAAAGGCGCUAUUUUUCAUUAGUUACAAGGCAUAUCAGGAGAAAAAUAAUUUUGUUAAGCUGUCAUUACAUGGGUACAAAAGUGUGUAGAAAAGAAAGUGGAGCAAUUUGCAUCAUUAAUUUCGUUUCACCAGCGCAUAAUUCAUGGAUGUUUUUGGUACUUUUAGUCAUUUAGUACGCGUUGUUGGAACGAAAUUGAAUGUUGUAAUUGUUUAUUAUCAUGGAAAGCGGAAACGAAUCUCUCACACAAACGCUUUUUCUAUUCCAUGUUUCAUCAGCCUUAGUCACAGAUUUUUAUUUAUUGUGAAUGUUAUGCUAAUUUAUAAUGUUUCUCUUAACUCUAAAAUAAUUCAAAAUUGACAUUUUUUUAUAAACGCGUGCUUGUGAGUUGACGAUUUAGCAUUACAAAAUCCAUAAUUAAUUUUUACUUAAGUGUAAAGUGUCGAGAAUUUCGUUAGCGACUGUCAUUUCGUUAUUUAUAAUGCAAUUGAACAUGAAAUUGGCACAUACACUAAAGAAGUUAAAAAAAAAUAUUUAAAAAGAAAAAAAAAAGAAAAGAAAUGACUGUGAUGCGAGUAUAAAUGUCGAGUAAUUGCAUAAUAAACUGUGUACAGAAUGUUUUACAUAUGUACAUGUUUUUUUAAGAAUUUUUUUAACCUUUAAAAUUUUAUGCAUAAUAUUAAUAAUGAAA